CAGGUCGCCUCCGCAGUCGGCUACUUGAUAUUCGAUACCUGGUAGCUGCGCUUCGCCGUCGCUCAUACGCCCCGUUGGCCCGGUACGAGAAGCACGCACAGAACGCUAGGAAAGUGCGCCAACUUUCGGGCAAACUGAACUGAAUUUGAAAGUGCGGAAGGAUAGGCGUUGUCUGGCCUCUUUGGAGGUCCUGCUGGCGCCACCGAAAGACCUUGAGAAGCGAAGAGUGCGCCUGCACACAUAAAUUCCAAUUAAACAAGGGCAAAGAAAUUGAAGAACAGAAGGAGAAACCCAAUAAAAUAUCCCAACCAGCUGCAAUAGCAACAAAUAGCCCGUUGAAACUUUGCUGGCCAGCGAGCCAAGUAGCCAAACAUAAAUAAAGGGCGCGCACAUUUAUUUAUUACUUGACCCGAACUUUUCGCAAAAUGCCAGCGGGUCGAGUGGCUGGCAAGGCCGGCUACUCCAAUCACUACUACAAUGGACGCUCCUAUGUGGGCAUCAACGAGGAGAUCAUGUGGGUAAGCAUCGGCAUGGGCGUGACCAUAGUGCUCCUGAUCACGAUCGCCUUGUGCUACAUUGCGCGCGAGAAGUGCCAGAAGAGGCAGCGGGAGUACUACGUGACCGCAUAGUUGUUGUACGCGGCCUGCCAAACGACGGAGCAGCAGGGGCAUACCCGGGAUGAGGUCAUGGGCAUGGAGGAGGGAGCUGGCAAAUCGCAGAGCGCUGUCGGGGUUCCUGAGGCCAGUCCCGGGGGAGUAUCACCAUCGCCAGCAGGAUCACAGGCAGCCGUCACCGUCAUGCAUUGGUCUGUGGUCGACAUCUGUGCCCGCAGCUGGGGCUGACAUGCCCACAUGGAUGUGAAAAACGAAGGAGAGCAGACACCCACGUAUGUAAACCACCAGGGCCACCCAGCCGCCAGACCACAGAACCACCAGCCCAUUCCACCCAGCACCACCCACCAAAAACCACAAUUACUACGGAACCCCAUGCGCUUCGCUGCCCAAGGCAGUUGAAUGCGUGAAACUAUUUUUUUUUUUUUUUGUUGGUCGUCGUCAAAUGUCGCGUGCGAAACUCGUUGUAAGCAUAUUAUAUUUAGAGAAAGUUACUUUAAAAUACAAACAUGUUACUGAAUUUGCCAAAUACGAAAUAUAUUAAUAUACAAUAU